AUGAAGCGAUUGGGUAAAUUCUACUUCAACAUCUUGAGCGAACGGAAAUGCGCUGGCUGCAACGAAACUAUUCGCUACAAGGCGGGUGAGGCGGCCCUCAACGCGCUGGGCAGCUUCUGGCACUCAGCCUGUUUCGUCUGCCAUACCUGCAAGAAGCCCAUCACCACAUCUGGCUUCGCCCGCAUCGACGACGAGGUGCUAUGCCAAACCUGCACGGCCGAGCUUCAGAAGGUGCUGGAUACUGCACUCAAGACCGGCCCGGAUAUGUUCGCAGAGCUCAACAAGCGAAUGGGGAAGAGGUUUGAUCGCUCGAAGGAGGACCUGGGCACGCUGCUGAAGAGCUUCGAUCCCCUCAUACACGGAACCAGCUCGGUGGCCGAACGGUCGUACCUCGAACUUCUCAAGAGCCUCGCGCUACAGGCCGAGCAGGCCUUCAUAGAACUGGGCAAAGAGGGAACGCGAUCACUGCUAUCACAAAUCCAAGGGCUGCAGGUGCCCCGCAUUUGCAGUCCAUCGGUCAAGAAAAUGGGCACCAAUCUGCUCGCCAUUGUGGCCAAUCGCCAGCGGGCUCUCGAGGGCAUGCCAGAGACCCCCAAGCUCAAGCGCCAGGACUCGAUCGAGCGAAUAUUCGCGCAAGAGGAAGUCAAAGACGAACAGGUCGUAUGUCGCAUAUGCGAGGAAGUGGUUACCCUCGCGCACAUGGUCGUGCACUCAGAGGAGUGUACAUACAUCCGAGAGUGCGCGAUCACGGCCUUUGAAAGCGACAAGCAAAUGAACGAGUUAUCACAAAAACUGCUCAAGCGCAUCCUCAAGGAGCGUGCCAUACCGCCAGACGCCGAUCCACUGCAGUAUCUCUCUGAAGAGGACCUCCGCUUCAACGAACAGUACAAGAUGCUCAUCGAACUCUCCAUCCACUGCUGGGAAUCUGUGGACGAUCUCCUUGGCCUCAGAGCUAAGAUCGAACAGACUGAGGUGCACAUCAAGUCGAAUGUGUCUCACCGAAGAAUCUACGAGGACGUACACCUGUACCUCUCCAACAAGAUCGCCGCCUUCACGGAUGCCUCGAAAGCCCCCAAGACCACGCUGUCGCCCAAUGCCUCGGCCAUGAAGUUGCAUCGGAGCGUGUUGAAUCUUACGAUCAACGACUUCGAGUUCAUUAAGCCGAUUACGCGCGGUGGCUUCGCGCGCGUCUAUUUGGCCAAAAAGAAGAAGACGGGCGACAUGUACGCCAUCAAGGUCAUGUCCAAAGCAGAGAUGAUCAAAAAGAAUCAAGUCGAUCGAGUGAAACUGGAACAGUCGAUUCUCUCCUCCAUCCACAACCCCUUCCUUGUAAAGCUCUACUAUUCCUUUCAUACGCGCAAGAACCUUUAUCUGCGCCUGAUGGCCACACCAACAACCCAGGUGAUGGAGUUCAUUCGGGGCGGAGAUCUAUUUUCACUGCUAGAAAAUAUGGGAGCUCUCUCAGAGGAGGUGGCGAAAGUGUACAUAGCAGAGACAGUGCUCGCGCUGGAGUAUCUGCACGCCAGUGGGAUCGUUCAUCGUGACUUGAAGCCGGACAAUCUGUUGAUCACGGAAGAGGGGCGCGUCAAGCUGACCGACUUCGGACUGAGUCGCGCCGGCCUCUAUCUGUCGGGAGACAAGAAGCAGAGCCAACGACUCAUCGACAUGGACGAAGCUGAGAGGGCGUUGUUGGGCAGUUCGUACGGUAAGGACACCCCGGAAGAGGAGAAGCGAUUCUCGGUGGUUGGCACCCCGGACUAUCUCGCCCCCGAAAUCCUCUCCGGCAACGGCCACAGCUUCCCGGUCGACUGGUGGUCCCUGGGUGUGGUGCUCUACGAGCUGCUGGUGGGCAUCCCUCCGUUCAAAGGCGACACGCCAGAAGAGAUAUUCCAGAACAUUCUCAACCGGGAUGUCAACUGGCCCGAGGAGGGCAUGUCGCCCGAGGCCAAGGACCUCAUCGACAAGCUGCUCACGCUGGACCCGGAGCAUCGGCCCGGCCCCACCGCGAUCAAGGCCCACCCCUUCUUCGCCGACAUCAACUGGGAGCUGAUCCUGACCCAGAAGAUGCCCUUCGUGCCCAAGCUGGCCGACGAGCAGGACACCUCCUAUUUUGAAGCGCGUUCGACGCACUUCCAGACUUCGGCGAGCACGAUCGCCGAGGACAUGGAGAAGAGCUUCGACACCGACGACGAGCCGUCGGGGUCGUUCAUCCGCCCGCCGGGCGGCGGGAUGCUCGGCAAGCGGUCCGUCGAUUCGCCCCGUAGCAAGGAGGAGCCCAACAAGUGGGAGCCGGGCACCACGGCCGCCGCAGCGAAACCCAAGCCGCGGAUCGGGAUGCUGGAGCUGGCCAAGCUGCGGCAGAAGUCGACCGAGGAUCUGUUCUCGGGCUACAGCUCGACCAACAGCAUGAACCUCAAGGACCUCAACAUUGAGGUCAUCAACUCGCCCCGGUCUCGCAGCACCAACAACACCCCCAUCCAGCGACGCUACUCCGACGUGAGCGAUCAGGUGUCGCCCCGGCGCUCGCCCAUUCCCAGCACCUCGGCGCCCUGCUCGCCGCUCCUCCGGCCGCGGCUGCCCUCCUCGCCCAUCAGCCCCACCAACGGCCUCGUCUCUUCUCCGCUCUCCUCCUCUUCCUCCUCGCCUUCGCCUUCUUCCUCCUCGUCGUCGUCCAUCUCUGCGUCGCUCUCCUCCUCGGCCUCCAGCCCUCCGCCGGCCUGGACCGCCUACCACCACGGCUCGAAGAACACCCCGCUGCGCACGUCGUCGCCCUCUCUGCUGACGUCCGCGUCGAGCGGCCACAAGCAGCACUUGCUGCCGACGGCGCACUCCCCGCGCGCUUCGUCGCCGCUGGCCAUCUCGUCGUCGCCCACGCUCUCGCCCAGCGUGUCGCCGCGCACCUCGCACCCGGGCUCGCCGGUCAACUCCCCUUGGGUGCCCGCCAACAGCACGGCCUCACCGCUGGCCUCGCCGCGAUCGCCGGUCAUGACGCCGUCGCCUUCGCCGGCGACCUCGCCCGUCAGCGCCGGCUCGAGCACCACGCCCGCGUCGCGCAACUCGCCCACGCGCAAGCGAUGGACGCUCAGCCUGCCCAAGAACUUCCAAUCCAACAGGGGCACCAGCACGCACGCCCCUGCUCCCUCUUCGUCGUCGUCAUCGUCGCCAUCGUCAGCGUCGUCGCUCGCAUCGUCGGCUGUUCAGAUCUCCAAGAGCCCGCGUGACUCUGACAACGACAGCGGCGGCCUCGACAUCACGAGCACGACCACCGUAACCAUCAACGGCAAAGCGCGAGGCAGCAGUCGAAGGGCAGAGGCAACACAACAACCCCACACUCCCCAACACUCCUCCUCUUCUCCGUCCCUGUCCUCUUCCUCAUCUUCAUCUUCAUCUUCGUCUUCUUCCUCUACGCCGACGAGUGAACAAGACACCACCACGGGCAGACCGCGCGGUGCCUCCUUCCAGGACCGGCUGAAGAUGUUCGGGGGUGGCAGCACCGGCUCCGGUGGGCUGGCCCGGACAGGGUCGCUCAAGGUCGAACGCAAGGCCACCUCUCCAAAUCUCUAG